AUGAAACGAAGCGAAAGAGAUAAGCCGGUUGGAGAAAUUAGCGGCAGUCUGAAAAUGAACGCGGCGCUUGCAACAACCACCGCCACUACUCCUGUGCUCCGCCGUGAGACACCUCUUCUUCGUCAUUGCUGUCUCUCAAAAUCUCCGGUUUACCGGCGGAACAUAGUUGGAUUCGGAUCAGGCGUGCAAAUAGCGACGAGGAAAUCAUUAAGAAUCUCGGCGAGCUCUCAGAGUACUUCAGCGGAAGUAGUUGUCACGGAGGAUACGUCAAUUCCGAAGGAGAUGAAGGCUUGGGUUUACGGUGACUACGGCGGAGUGGAUGUUCUGAAGCUGGAGAGCAACAUUGCGGUUCCGGAGAUCAAAGAGGAUCAGGUACUGAUUAAGGUUGUUGCGGCGGCUCUUAAUCCCGUCGACGCUAAGAGACGGCAAGGGAAAUUCAAAGCCACCGAUUCGCCUCUCCCGACGGUUCCGGGAUACGACGUCGCCGGAGUAGUGGUGAAGGUGGGGAGUGCUGUGAAGGAUUUCAAAGAAGGCGAUGAAGUUUACGCAAACGUGAGCGAGAAAGCGUUGGAAGGGCCGAAGCAAUUCGGUUCUCUGGCGGAGUACACGGCGGUGGAAGAGAAGCUAUUAGCAUUAAAACCUAAAAACAUCGACUUCGCUCAAGCCGCAGGGCUUCCACUAGCUAUAGAAACCGCCGACGAAGGUCUCGUUAGGACGGAAUUCUCCGCCGGAAAAUCAAUUCUAGUUCUCAACGGCGCCGGAGGAGUAGGGAGCCUUCUUGCGAAGCAAGUGUAUGGAGCUUCAAAGGUGGCUGCAACAGCGAGCACAGGGAAGCUAGAGCUAGUGAGAAGCCUGGGUGCUGAUUUAGCCAUUGAUUACACAAAGGAGAACAUAGAAGACUUGCCUGAGAAAUUUGAUGUCGUCUUUGACGCCAUUGGGAUGUGUGAUAAGGCAGUGAAGGUGAUAAAGGAAGGAGGGAAAGUUGUGGCCUUGACCGGGGCAGUCACGCCUCCUGGUUUCAGAUUCGUUGUGACAUCCAACGGUGCCGUUUUGAAGAAACUGAACCCAUACAUUGAGAGUGGGAAGGUGAAGCCUGUGGUUGAUCCCAAAGGACCGUUCCCGUUCUCACACGUGGCUGAUGCGUUCUCAUACUUAGAAACGAACCAUGCCACAGGGAAGGUCGUUGUAUACCCCAUCCCUUGA